CCCAACCGGUAACACAUCACCGGCGCAGGACUUGAAGCUGCUGCAGAAAUGGAGAUGGGAUGUAUGUGGAUGAGGAGGGUUCGAACCUCCGCCGUCGCCUCCUUCCACCUCCUCCCCAUUCCUCCUCCGAUUCCUUCCUCCUCCGCCUCCUUCCCGUCGCUCAAUCCCUCGCCGCCUCGUUCGCUCCCUCUCUUCCUUCCCAACCGCUGCUCCCUCUCCGCUUCUUCUUCUUCUUCUUCUUCUUCUUCUUCUCCGCCGCCUCCUCCUCUCGUUUCCGCCGACGACGGCUGCCCCGACCUCGGAGGCUGCGGAGGGAGCGGAAUCGCCGCGCGAGGACCGAAGGUGCUGCUCAAAGGAAUGGGAUAUGCUGAACUUGAAAAAUGGGUCCAGUCACAAGGAUACAGACCUGGUCAGGCUUUAAUGCUCUGGAAGCGCUUGUACGGUAACAAUAUUUGGGCGCAUUCUGCCGAUGAGCUGCAUGGUCUGAACAAAGAUUUUAAGAAAAUGUUGAGUGAACACGCUGAGCUCAGGGCGUUGUCUUUGAAAGAGAUCCGUGCAGCCGCUGAUGGGACUAAAAAGAUUUUAUUCUCUUUGGAAGAUGGUCUCAUAAUCGAGACGGUUAUCAUACCCUGCGAUAGAGGCCGUAACACUGUCUGCGUUUCGAGUCAAGUUGGAUGUGCCAUGAAUUGUCAGUUCUGCUUCACUGGCAGGAUGGGUUUGACAAGGCAUCUUACUGCAGCCGAGAUUGUAGAUCAAGCUGUAUUUGCACACCGCCUUUUUCAUGAUGAAGUUGGUUCCAUCACAAAUGUUGUCUUUAUGGGAAUGGGAGAGCCGCUGCACAACAUAGAAAAUGUCAUAAAAGCUGCAGAUAUUAUGGUGCACGAGCAAGGUCUUCAUUUCAGCCCACGCAAGGUUACAGUUUCAACCAGUGGACUUGUCCCACAGCUGAAACGGUUUUUACAUGAAUCUGACUGUGCCUUGGCUGUUAGUCUGAAUGCGACAACUGAUGAGGUUAGAAACUGGAUUAUGCCUAUAAACAGGAAGUACAAGCUCAGCGUGCUUUUACAGACCCUUAGAGAAGAACUUCACCACAAGAAUAACUACAAAGUUCUAUUCGAAUAUGUCAUGCUUGCUGGAGUAAAUGACAGCUUUGAAGAUGCAAAGAGGCUUAUCGAUCUUGUUCAGGGCAUCCCCUGCAAGAUCAAUCUCAUUUCCUUCAAUUCUCAUUCUGGAUCCAAAUUUAAACCAACACCUGAAGAGAAGAUAAUUGAGUUUCGCAAUAUAUUGGUGGAAGGAGGAUGCACUGUUUUCUUGCGACUCAGCAGAGGUGAUGAUGAGAUGGCUGCCUGUGGUCAGCUUGGCAAGCCAGGUGCUAGACAGGCCCCUUUGCUCCGUGUUCCUCCACAAUUUGAAAUGGCUUUAAAUACAGCCAUACAAUUUCCAGUUCAUUCUAGAUAGGAGUAGUGCCAUAUUGAUCUCUGACUGGCAAGUCCAAAUUCCUUGGACCAAGUGAGAUAUCAAAUCACAUGGAGCCAUGUCUGGUUACUUUUUUUGGCCGAAAGAGCUUAAGUUUCCUGGGAGUCAGCGUAGCUCCCUACGGCCUCUAACUGGUCCCGUGCUUGGCGGGAAAUCUUCUGAUCUCAGUUCAUCAGAGAUUGCUAAGGAUACUGUAGUCAAGCUAGGUGUUAAUUCCAUUUUAUUGAGCGUUUGUAGGAAAUAAUUACUUCGAUUCUUUAUAGAGUAGUGGUCUCAAGGGGCCCGUUAGCAUUGCUUCUUUCUGUCA